ACACAGGUGGCCGUGGAGGUGGAGACCGAGCCCUUCCUCACCUACGUGGAGGGCACCUGCGUGGUCUGGUUCACCUUCGAGUUCCUGAUGAGGGUCAGCUUCUGCCCGGACAAGCGAGACUUCGUCAAGAGCAGCUUGAACAUCAUCGACUUCGUCGCCAUCUUGCCCUUCUACCUGGAGGUGGGCUUGCGGGGGCUCUCCUCCAAGGCGGCCAAGGACGUCCUGGGCUUCCUGCGGGUCGUGCGCUUCGUCCGCAUCCUGCGCAUCUUCAAGCUGACGCGGCACUUCGUCGGCCUGCGGGUGCUGGGCCACACGCUGCGCGCCAGCACCAACGAGUUCCUCCUCCUCGUCAUCUUCCUCGCCUUGGGGGUCUUGAUCUUCGCCACCAUGAUCUACUACGCCGAGCGGAUCGGCGCCGACCCCGACGACGUGACGGGCCCCAGCCACACCUACUUCAAAAACAUCCCCAUCGGCUUCUGGUGGGCGGUGGUGACGAUGACGACGCUGGGCUACGGUGACAUGUACCCCAUGACGUGGUCGGGGAUGCUGGUGGGGGCUCUCUGCGCCCUG